AAUUAACAUUAAAGCAAAGCCAAAUUAAGCAUUAGCAAGGACAAGAAUGUUGUCUCUUCUCUCUACUCUAGUAGCCCUCCCCUUUCUGUUUCUCAUCCCUUGUCUCUUUAUCACAAGCUAUAUAUGUUUCCCUGUGUUCUUGACAAAACUCCUUGGACUCAUCAAAUUCAAAGCCGCUCGAGACGAUGAUGACAACGAGAAACGUGAUGAGGCAACUUGUGUUGUCCGAGAGGAGGAGCUACAAAGAGAGCUGAUGCCGAGACACGUGUCAUUCAUACUAGAUGGGAACCGGAGAUGGGCCAAACGAGACGGAUUGACGACGGCACAAGGCCACGAGGCUGGAACUAAACGAAUUAUAGAGAUAGCCGAGGUCUGCUUCGAGUUGGGUAUUCAUACAGUCUCAGCUUUUGCUUUCUCCACAGAGAAUUGGGGAAGAGACAAGUUUGAGGUUAAGUGCUUAAUGUCUUUGUUCAACCACUACCUCAAGUCCAACAUUCAAUACUUUCAAAGAAAGGAAGUUCGCGUUUCUGUUAUCGGGAAUAAAACGAAGAUCCCUGAAUCUCUCCUCAAAGAAAUCCAUGAGAUAGAGGAAGCUACCAAGGCUACAAGAAUAAGCAUCUCAUCAUGGCAGUAGAUUACAGCGGGAAAUUUGAUAUCAUGCAUGCUUGCAAGAGUCUUGUGAAGAAAUCAGAAAAAGGGUUGAUCCGAGAGGAAGAUGUAGACGAGGCAUUGAUCGAGAGAGAGCUUCUAACGAAUUGUAGUGACUUCCCAAGUCCUGAUUUAAUGAUUAGGACAAGUGGAGAACAAAGGAUUAGUAACUUCUUCUUGUGGCAACUUGCUUAUACCGAGCUUUUCUACUCGCCGGUAUUGUGGCCUGAUUUCGAUAAGGAUAAGCUUCUAGAGGCCCUCGCUUCGUAUCAGGGCAGGGAAAGACGAUUUGGUUGUCGCGUGUGAUCCACCUUUCAUCCUCUUUAUUCAUCUAUAAUUUCUAUCAAACUACUUGCUCUUUGUUUCACGUUUCAUUGUAAUAUAUGUCUUUAAAUCGGAUAAAAUCAGUGAUGUCUUUGCUUCUCCUUCUACGCAUGUAUCAGUUUGUUACUAAAAAUCAAUAUCUUGCUAUACA